AUGACAGAUUUACGACAGGGACAAGACACUAACUCAGAUCAAUACAAGCCGCGAAUGCGAGAAACUUGUCAGAGCUGUUAUAAAGAAGGACACGUGGCUAGUAACUGCAGGAAGCUCACACAAUCAUCCUCUUUAGGUCAAAUUCCAGGAGCCUUAGGAACCGAAAUUCUGGUUUGUCAGAUUUGUAAGAAACGCGGACAUAGUGCAGAUAAAUGUCGCUUGCGCGAUCCUCAAUAUCGCCAACCAGUAAAUGUAAUCCAGCAACGAAUUAUAACUUGUCAAUUAUGUUCUAAAAACGGACACGACGCGAAACUAUGUCGUCAAAAUAACAACAAUAAUAAAGCCAACAAGACCUCUGUAAUUUGUCAAUGGUGCAAUAAACCUGGUCAUCCCGCUAAUAAUUGUUGGAAGAAACAAAACGAACCGCAAUUCAACAAAUAA